AAUGAAUGGGCAACCAGUGAGCAUAAUGGAUAUCUUAUCUUCAUUUGGUAUAGACCAUAAAUUAGUUCAUUUUUCCCCCGAUGAUGAUACUUUCAUUGAAGAACCACCAUUAAAUAUUUAGUGGUAUAUGUACUUUGUACUAUAAUAUAUAUACUUUACAAUAAAUUCACUAAACAGAAAAUAUUUAUAUCAUAAAAGUUACAGAAAGUGUCAUAUUAUAAAAGAAUUAAAGUUGUUACCAUAAUAUAUCUUAGAUUUAAUAGGGAUGUGGUUUAAUCGGUUGGGUGUGAUCAAAUAGUUUUGGAUCGUUCACAUAUCUUGGAUCUUUUGUCAUAAAUCCCAUUAAUCCUGGAGAAUAAAAAGUAUUAAGAAUAAAUAAAUAUUUAUAAAAUAUACAAA